CUCUCUCUCUCUCUCUCUCUCCCUCUCUCUCUCUCUCUCUCUAUAUACCAACCCAAUUAAACCUCAUAGAAGCCCCAUCAAACUGUAAAAUCUAUCACACGUUUUUUUAAUUUUUGUUUUCACUUGCAAUUCUCGCUGCAAUGGCUUCUGAUUCCAACUCCGACAACGAUCCCACACACCAAAACCCUAACCCUAACCCUAACCCUGCUUCAAUCGACGUCAUCGAAGAUCAAUUGGCCUCAAGCGAAUUGGCUCAAUCAACCCAGGUCGAUGCAUUAUCCGAGCAAGAAGUGUUCAAUGACGCCCCAAAUGGAUCGCUUUCUUCAGACGAGGAUAAUCACCCCGAAUCUGAGAUCGUAGAAGAGAGUCGUGGUGGGAAUUUAGUCAGUGAGUCGUCUGUGGAGGUUGUUGAAAUUGUUGAGGAGGUUCGACAGAGCUCGUCUUCGAGUGGUGAUGUUGUGCUGAGGAGGACCAAUUCGGAGCUCGAAAUGGACCAGGCUUCGAGCCCUAGCAGCAGUGGGUAUGCUGGUGAGAGAGGGAGCACCAGUUCCGCCAGUGCAAUCGGUGUAGAUGAAAUUUGUGAAGUUGGGAACGACGAUUCUUUCAAUGAAGCUUCGGGUUCUCCAGAGCCGUGGGUUACAGGGAAGCGUCAUGGCGAUGAAGAUGAUACUUCUGUUUCGUGGAGGAAAAGGAAGAAGCACUUCUUUAUUUUGAGUCAUUCCGGAAAACCGAUAUACUCCAGAUAUGGAGAUGAACACAAGUUGGCGGGAUUUUCAGCUACUUUGCAAGCUAUUAUUUCCUUUGUGGAGAAUGGGGGAGAUCACAUCAAAUUGGUUAGGGCAGGCAAACACCAGGUGGUUUUUCUUGUGAAAGGACCAGUCUACUUAGUUUGCAUAAGCUGUACGGAGGAACCUUAUGGGUCAUUAAGGGGGCAGUUGGACCUUAUAUAUGGUCAGAUGCUACUUAUUCUUACAAAGUCUGUAAACAGAUGUUUUGAGAAGAACCCAAAGUUUGAUAUGACACCUUUGCUUGGAGGAACAGAUGGUGUCUUCUCAUCGCUCAUCCAUUCUUUCAGUUGGAACCCAGCCAUCUUUCUUCAUGCAUACACUUGUCUUCCCCUUGCCUAUGCCACAAGGCAAGCCGCAGGAGCCGUAUUACAAGAUGUUGCUGGUUCAGGUGUCCUGUUUGCAAUAUUAAUGUGUAAACACAAGGUUGUCAGUCUUGUUGGUGCACAAAAAGCAUCUCUUCAUCCUGAUGAUAUGCUCCUACUUUCCAAUUUUGUUAUGUCAUCUGAAUCAUUUAGGACAUCUGAAUCUUUCUCACCAAUUUGCCUGCCCAGAUAUAAUCCCAUGGCAUUUUUAUAUGCUUAUGUCCAUUAUCUUGAUGUUGACACAUAUUUAAUUUUGCUUACUACCAGUUCAGAUGCCUUUUAUCAUCUUAAAGAUUGCAGGAUUCGUAUCGAAAUGGUCCUUUUGAAGUCCAAUGUUCUCAGUGAAGUUCAGAGAUCCAUGCUAGAUGGUGGCAUGCAUGUUGAGGAUUUGCCUGCCGAUCCAUCUCCGCGUUCUGGAACUUCGUCGCCUCACUUAGGUCAGCCCAGAUUUUCAACAGACUCACCAGAGGGAUUCCGAGAAGCAUUUGUUGGUAUUGGUGGGCCUGCUGGACUUUGGCACUUCAUAUAUCGUAGUAUUUACCUGGACCAGUAUGUUUCUUCUGAGUUCUCAUCACCAAUCAACAGUUCACGACAGCAGAAAAGAUUGUAUAGAGCUUACCAAAAGCUUUAUGCUUCCAUGCAUGAUAAAAGCAUUGGACCCCACAAAACUCAGUUUAGACGAGAUGAGAACUAUGUUUUACUCUGCUGGGUCACCCAGGAUUUUGAACUCUAUGCAGCAUUUGAUCCCCUGGCAGACAAGGCUGUGGCAAUAAAGACUUGCAACCAGGUGUGUCAAUGGGUGAAAGACGUGGAAAAUGAAAUUUUCUUGUUGGGAGCUAGCCCCUUUUCAUGGUGACUCUCCCCCUCAGGCAUCUUGUAACGCAAAUAUGUAUUCUAGUUGUCUUUCUUGAUAAGAUCAAAGCCCAAAUUUUUUUGAUAUGAAUUGUAUCCUCUCCCAGAUCACCCAUAAAAUGGGAACUAAACUGGCUGUAGUUUACUUUUUCUUUUUUUUCUUUUUCUUUUUUUUGGGUUAAAAUAUGUUGUGUAUUUGAAUAGAUAUGAGUUUUCCCUCUUACACAGCGAUGUGGUGCUAAUUUCAGUAGUAAUUUAUUGAUUUGUUCAAA